AUGGAGCCUUAUAAAGACACCGGCCCGCUUGACUGUAAUGGGGAAAUCGAUACUACAUCAAUCCAAGGGAAGACAGCUAUUAUCACGGGAGGUAGGAGUCAAAUCACUCCGUUCCACGUCUUGGCUUUCGUCAUCAUUGCCGAUAUUAACGAGGCGGGCGGGGUUGAACUCGCUUCGAAAUUGCAACGCACAAAGUUCGUCAAGUGCAACGUCACUCAGUGGUCAGAUCAAUUGAAGAUGUUCAAGGAAGCCAUCGAAUUUUCGCUUAAGAAGAGAGUGGAUAUUGUUGUUGCCAAUGCUGGAAUAUCUGGGGUUGACUCGGUUUUUGCGUUUGAGGAUCAGGAAGAGCUCGAGGAGCCGGCUCUGAAGAUUGUGAACAUCAACUUAAUUGGAGUAUUUUACACUAUUAAGCUAGCUUUGCAUUGCUUCAGACGCCAGCAUGCGGCGCAGUUACAACCUAUGCAGGAUACACUCUUAGUGCUACAGGGAUCUAUGGGUGGUUAUCUCGAGGCAGCAGCGACAUUGGAAUAUUGUGCAUCCAAGUUUGCUCUCCGCGGUUUGAUGCGAUGCCUAAGAAGGACCUCUUGGAUGCAUGGAACUCGUGUCAACUACAUUGCUCCAGGAUUCAUCAAAACAAACUUAAUGAUCGACGAAGUAGCCCAUACUCUUGCGUCUUCCGAAAUUUUUCUAUUCAUCCACCAUUUACAUUUCCAAUAA